ACGCUUUCGCCGUCGGUUGGUGCGUUUCGUCGGUUUUCGGGUGUUCCUGCGUGCGGUUUUCGGUCGUAAAACGGUCAAUUAUUGUGAAUUAUUUGGUGUUACUUGGGUUGAUUGCUGUUGCCAGUUUGGAAUUGAACAAGUUUUGAUUGAAAAAGGAUCGAAAAUCGGCGAUUGUGUCGAUCACGGUAUCGCAGUCGGCGGCGGCGAUCAAAGGCAGAUCAAAGGAGGCGCGCGUGUUGUUGCACUGGAUGAUAAAGAGCAACGAGUGAGAUAGCGUUGUCACAUCUGGUUUUUGUCAACAUUGAGUUCGUCAGAGGAGAAGCAGCUAGGGACGAGAGUGUGUCUUAUAGAACACGAGCGUCUUGAGGCAUUGGGGUGAAUGGUCGCGGACGGUGAUUGAAGAACGAGGAUCGAGUUUUAUUGCAUUCAAGUGCGAAGAAUAGAGUCAGAAUGUUGUAAAUUUGAGGCAGUUUGCUGCUGAGUGUGCGGUGGUAUUGGUGCGGUGGUGCGUCUAAAAAUAUACGAAGCGGCGGUGCAGUGCUGAUGAGAUCCAAACAGCCGUCGCCGGUUGUUUGGUGGUGUUAGUGUUAAGAGUAAUCGGCGAUCUUUUGAUAUGUUGUUGAUUGCAUUUUGAAGUUGUCGGUGUGUGCGUGUUGAAAUAACACCGGAAAGUGUGUGAAGUGUAAAGGAGUUAAAGAAAAGAGCAUAUGAAUCGAAGUGUGUGAAGAGUAACCAUUAGUUCUUUUUUUUGGAAAUGGUUAAAAUGCGUAUGAUGAUCAGAUCGAUUGUUCUGGUGUUAUGCUACGCCAAUGCUGGAUUGGCCAUCCAGCAGCAGGAAACCUUUGGUGGUCAUGAAAUAUCCAGCAUGAACGUGGAUGAUUUUCAGCAUCACAAUCGUUGCGAGAUGAUAACAAUACCCUUCUGUACGGAUAUCCAGUACAACAAGACCAUCAUGCCAAACCUGAUUGGUCACACCAAGCAGGAGGAAGCUGCAUUGGAGGUUCAUCAGUUCAUACCACUCGUCAAGAUCGACUGCAGUCCGGAUCUUAAGUUCUUUCUUUGCACCCUGUACGCACCUGUCUGUACUAUUCUCAAUUAUCCCAUUCCACCUUGUCGGAGCUUGUGCGAGAGUGCACGGCUCUGCGAAACAAUUAUGAGGACUUUCGACUUCCAAUGGCCGGAAAACUUGGAGUGCAGCAAGUUCCCAGAGGAUGGUAAAGAGCUGUGCGUUUCGCAAAACAACUCUUCGGAAAGUACUCCAAUGCCCACGAGUGCAAUGCAUCCGACGAAGCCACAUGUCCCGAGGAAAAACGUCCAUUCUGGAGCUACCGGAAACCACGUCGGCAUCAGUCAUCGAGAUUUGGGAUUCAUUUGUCCGGUUCAGCUGAAGGCUCCAACCAUUAUGGGCUAUCAGUUAAUCGUAGGAGGAAAGGUUACCAAGGACUGCGGUGCACCGUGCAAUUCGAUGUUUUUCUCGGAGAACGAGCGAACCGUGCUCAAGUACUGGGUCGGUUCCUGGGCUGCGGUUUGCGUCGCCAGCUGUCUCUUUACGGUCCUCACCUUCAUGAUCGAUUCCUCCCGCUUCCGCUACCCGGAACGGCCCAUUGUGUUCCUAGCCAUCUGCUACCUCAUCGUCGGUUGCGCCUAUGUUGCCGGUCUUGGUGCCGGUGAUUCCGUAGCCUGCCGCGAACCGUUCCAACCGCACAUCAAACUCGGCCGGAUGCACAUGCUAUCCACCAUUACCCAGGGUCACCGCCAGUCGACAUCCUGCACGGUCCUAUUUAUGGCGCUGUACUUUUGCUGCAUGGCCGCAUUCGCCUGGUGGGCUUGCCUGGCCCUGGCUUGGUUCCUAGCGGCAGGUCUCAAGUGGGGUCACGAAGCAAUCGAAAACCGAUCCCAUCUGUUCCAUCUGGUUGCGUGGGCGACUCCAGCGAUCCAGACCAUUUUCGUGCUUGCGCUCGGGAAAGUUGAAGGUGACGUCCUGUCCGGGGUGUGCUUCGUCGGACAGCUGGACACGCACUCGUUGGCCGUAUUUCUGCUGAUUCCCCUGUGCAUCUACCUCUCGAUUGGAGCCCUAUUUCUGCUGGCCGGAUUCAUUUCCCUCUUCCGCAUCCGCACGGUGAUGAAGCACGACGGCACCCGAACGGACAAGUUGGAACGGUUGAUGCUACGGAUUGGAUUCUUCAGCGGCCUGUUUAUCCUGCCAGCGUUGGGAUAUUUGGGCUGUUUGUUCUACGAGUACUACAACUUUGACGAUUGGAUGAUCCAGUGGAACCGGCAGAUGUGCAAGAUUUUCUCCAUCCCCUGCCCGACGACGACGAUGGCGGGAGGUUCGAUGAAGCACGGCGCCGGCAUGAUGGCUCCGGACGAGGAGAAGCCCAUUUUCCACAUCUACAUGGUCAAGUACGUGUGCUCGAUGCUGGUCGGAGUCACGUCCAGCGUGUGGCUGUGGUCCGGCAAGACUGUGAUUAGCUGGAGACAGUUUGCCGAAAGGCUGCAGGGAAAGGACACCCGGAAUCGUGGGGCAUAUGUUUAGGGAGGGGGAGUUGAGGUUGGAGUGACUACCGUAACUAUGUAGCUAGUUGGUGGAUGGGGAGGGGGGAAGAGAGAGCUUGCAAUGCUUGCUAGGAAUUUCGAUGAACCAAAUGUUUUGUUUUAGGAAAUGUUGGGUGGCCGACAAGCAUUUAAAGGUGAAGCAUUACGGUCGAGAUUAUUAUUUAGAUAAUAUUAUACGGA